GACUGUCAAAAAGUGUUGCGACGCAGCAAUAAUUUUCUGAGGAAAUUUGCCAGCGUUUCAGUAUUAUCUAUAUGUUUUUUUCGAUUGACAGACGGUAAUAUCAACUUUGCAGCGAUUCUUUCUUUCUUAGUCAGUCUUUUUUUUUUUGUUAUCGCGCCCCGAAGCGUUACGUGACAGUUCAUAAAUUGGAUUAACGCCGUGUUAAGCCUGUCUGAGUGAAGAAAAAUGACGGUGUAGCCUUUUUGCUAGUUAGCUGGGCGGAUUUAAGACUGAAACCGUUUUGGAACCCUUCUUCUGUUUUGGACAUUUUGGCGAAAAUUUCAAAUAUACCUAAUUGGGUUUUCGACUGACUGAACGGUAAUGCUACAUGAGCGCUAAGGUGUUACCCAUUCAUUAUUUUUCUACGUCCACCUCGGCUAAUUAGCUCACAGAAAACAGUCACCUUAACAUGGAAAGUUACAGUCAGCGAUUCGAGACCAGCACAAGAGACGGUAAAAGUCACAAGAAGAAAGGUGCCUCUCAUCACACCACGUCUUAUUGCGACGAUGGAGAUCGUAAACCAAAGUUUAACUUGGCCUUUAGAAACAUCACAGAUGAUGUGAAGGACAGAUUUGCCAGCAUUAGAAUUCCAGGCAGUAAAAAGGAGCGGCCACCCUUAACUCUGUCCAAACACAGCACAAAUGAGUGGUCCACCUCUUCAGCGUCCACCCUUCAUCAUUUUGAGGAGCUGUCCUCAAAGAUCACUUCAGAAAAGGAAAUCUUGGCUCUGUUUGAAAAGAUGAUGGAGGACAUGAACCUGAARGAGGAAAAAAAGACACCUUUGAGGGAAAAGGACCUCAACACGAAGCGAGAGAUGGUCAUCCAGUAUAUUUCCUCCGCCUCCAAAACGGGUAAUCUGAGGAGCAGCCAUCAGAUAUCUCCCCAGGAAUUCCUUGGUGAGCUGAAGUCAGGUGUGAUGGACGAACGGCUAUUUGCCUGUCUGGAGUCACUGCGAGUGUCCCUUACCAGCAAACCUGUCAGUUGGGUGCAGAGUUUUGGGCACGAGGGCCUGGGCCUGCUGCUGGACAUUUUGGAGAGAUUGCUGUUCAAGAAACAGCAAGAGAAGAUUGACAAGAAAAACCAACAUAAAGUCGUUCUGUGUCUCAAAGCAUUCAUGAACAACAAGUACGGCCUGGAUCGAAUCUUGGUGGAGGAGAAAAGUCUUUCUCUGCUGGCCAGAGCUAUCGAUCCGAGUCAGUCUGCCAUGAUGACCGAGGUGGUCAAGCUCCUGUCAGCCAUCUGCAUUGUAGGCGAGGAGAACACUUUGGAAAAGGUUCUUGAGGCCAUUACGACAGCAGGAGAAUGGCGAUCCACGGAGAGGUUCAGUCCCGUUGUGCAAGGACUACGAGAUCGCUCCAUACAGCUACAAGUGGCAUGCAUGCAGCUCAUCAAUGCCCUGGUAACAUCUCCUGAUGAGCUGGACUUCAGGCUGCACAUUAGAAAUGAAUUUAUGCGCUGUGGCCUCAAAGAGAUAUUGCCGCACUUAUUGACCAUCAGAAAUGAGGCCCUUGACAUUCAGCUGAAAGUGUUUGAGGAGCAUAAAGAAGAGGACAUGAUGGAGUUCUCUCACAGACUGGAGGACAUCAGGAGUGAGAUGGACGAUGCGGGGGACGUGUUCAGUAUUGUGCAGAGCAUUGUGAAGGACACCAAUGCAGAGCCUUAUUUCCUCUCCAUCCUGCAGCACCUGAUGCUUAUACGCAGUGAUCACUUGAUCAGGCCUCAGUACUUUAAGAUCAUUGACGAGUGUGUCUCUCAGAUCGUGCUGCACCGCAGUGGCACCGACCCAGACUUCAGUUACCGCAAGCGCCUGGAUGUUGACUUCAGCCACCUUUUAGAGGUGUGUGUGGACAAAGCUCGGAUUGAUGAGUUUGAACAAAGAGCCUCAGAACUGGCACAGAAGUUUGAUGAGGAGUUCCUCUGCAGACAGGAGGCACAAGCUCAGCUGGUGAGGUACGAAGAGCAAACAGCUGAACUCCAAGCAGAGCUGCAGGCCUUCAGGUCUCAGUUUGGAGRCGUACCUCCACCCAAGAGUGGAGCAUUACCGUCUUCAUUACCAUCUGGUCCCCAGGCCUCUCCUCUUAAACCAGGGUUGCCAGCUCCCCUUCUUCCUCCUCCUCCUCCCCCUCCCCCACCUCCUCCCCCGCCCCUACCUGGUUACACAGGUGCACCURCUCCACCAGGAGUGCCUCCUCCUCCGUUCGGUGCCCCGCCGCCGCCUCCUCUAGGAUUUGGAGGUGCCUUUGGCUCACCCACCAACCACACGCUGCCUUUUGGCCUCAGGCCCAAGAAGGAGUUCAAGCUGGAGACCUCCAUGAAGCGCCUCAACUGGUCCAAGAUUCGACCUCAGGAUUUGUCAGAAGGCUGUUUCUGGGUCUUGGCUGAUGAGAACAAGUACUCGAAGCCAGAAUUGCUCAACAGAGUUGCUCUUACUUUUGGUUCCCUGAGAACAGCUAAAAAAGAAGAGGAGGAUCUGGAGGAUAAGAAAUCCAUAAAGAAGAGAAUUAAAGAGCUCAAGGUGCUCGAUCCCAAGAUUGCACAAAAUCUCUCCAUCUUCCUGGGUUCCUUUCGAAUGCCUUAUCAGGAAAUCCGGCGUAUGAUAGUGGAGGUGGAUGAAGAGCAGCUCACCGAACCUAUGAUCCAGAACCUUGUAAAGCACCUCCCAGAGCAGGAGCAGCUGAACGCACUGACCAAAUAUAAAAACGAGUACUCUAAUUUGUCAGAGCCUGAYCAGUUUGGGGUUGUGAUGAGCAGCGUGAAGCGCCUGCGACCUCGUCUCAGCCACAUCCUCUUCCGACUCCAGUUUGAGGAGCAUGUAAACAAUUUGCGUCCAGACAUCCUGGCAGUAAAUGCAGCGUGCGAAGAGGUCAGGAAGAGCCAGGCUUUUGGCCGCCUGCUGGAGCUUGUACUGCUGCUGGGGAAUUACAUGAAUGCAGGCUCUCGAAAUGCCCAGUCUUAUGGCUUUGACCUCAGUUCUCUUUGCAAGCUAAAGGACACAAAGUCAGCAGACCAGAAGACAACUUUACUUCACUUCCUAGCUGAAAUAUGUGAGGAGCAAUUUCCAGAUGUGCUGAAGUUUGUUGACGACCUGGAGCACGUGGAUCGAGCCAGCAGAGUCUCUGCAGAGAACCUGGAAAAGAGCCUCAGGCAGAUGGAGAGGCAGCUGCUGCAGCUCGAGAAGGACCUGGAGACUUUCUCCUCCCCCGAUGACCCCAGCGACAUGUUUUUCACCAAAAUGGUCAGCUUCAGCAAAGUUGCACGAGAACAGUACAGCAAGCUGGUGAUCAUGCACAGCAACAUGGAGACGUUCUAUCAGAACGUGCUGGAGUACUUCGCUGUGGAUCCCAAGAAGACCUGCGUGGAGGAGCUGUUCACCGACCUCAGCAACUUCCGCUCCAUGUUUGCUCAAGCGCUGAAGGAAAACUUCAGGCGCAGGGAGUUAGAAGAGAAGCAGAAGAGAGCUCGAGCAGCGAAGGAGAAGGCUGAGCGUGAAAAACAGGAAAGACAGCAGAAGAAGAGGAGGUUACUGGAAGUCAAUGCAGAGAACGAUGAGACAGGUGUCAUGGAUAGUUUGCUGGAAGCCUUGCAGUCCGGAGCUGCAUUCAGAGACCGCAGGAAGAGAGUCCCAAGAUCUAAAGAUAACCACCAGCAGACAAUCAGCCCCGGCUCCUUCCGCCAGGUUCUCAGGCCUGUUAACUAUGAAAACAACAAGGCACCUUUACAAAGGUCUCGCUCUCGGCAGAAUGUAAAUGCGAGCUUGGUGGCGACAAAGGCUCCCCCUGCCAAGGAGGCACGUAAUGAGUCUGAGGGCCAUCCAUCUGCAGCCAGGGCCAAGGCAUUUGGCUGCUCGCAGUCAGGCAGCAGGUCCAGGAACACUCCAGGUCACAGCUGUGGGUCGGACAGAGAGAGGCCGCUGCUGGAACCAGAGACGGUCAGAGGGACUGAAAAAGAGGCGGGGCUUGAAGCCGAGGUUCCAGCCGUCCUGUCCUCCUCCUCUGGUCCUGCCCUCAGCAGCUGCGACGCCAARGUAGAAUCUGAUGUGGAGACUCUUCUGGCCAGACUCCGAGCUUUGUGAGCGUCAGCUCUUAUCGCUGAAAUAAUAUGCAGUACACUGUCAUUUUUUUAAUAUAAUCAAAAUAAUCUAAAAUAUGGUUAAACAGGAGGAGAAACAGUAAUGAAAACAGAGUUGUUAAUUAUUAGUUACCACACAACUAAUAAAAUCUAGGACAACAAUCUGUUAUGAUGAUGCAAAAAGGGGAAACAUAUUUACUUAUAAAACAGACUUAUUUGUAAAAUCUGUUACUCAAAUAAACAUGCAACUUUUAUUCUAAAUGUACUUUUUUAUUGUGCAUUACAUAUUUUUAUUAGUGCAGAUGUUUAAUCAGUUUAUAUCUGGUACUUCUUGUACUCAAAUCACUUUUACCGUGUUUCAUUUUUUAUUCUCUAAGUCUAAAUAUAUCAGUAUAAAUAAAAUAAGUAAUCAUUUUAAAUUCACAGMUUGUAAUGGUACCAACUAGAAGUUUUUUCUUUUAGUUGAAUCAGUGUUUUUUGUAUGAAAACCUAUAAAAAUAGGAAUGAAUCUGCUG